AAUUAAAAUGCAGCCGCAUUUCAGUAGAAACUCAAAUCAAAGACUUCCCCUUUGCCCCAAUCUCACUUCUCUUCCUUCUCCCUGCUGGGACCCAAAGAUGCUCUCAGGUGCUGACCUUUUCUGCUGCCAGAUUCUGUCUUUAUUGCUAAUUUCUGACUCCUUGUCCUCAGCCGUGCGUCAGCGCGGCUGUUGAGUCAACUGGGGAACACCAGGCGUUGUCAGGCUGCAGCGCCCGUCAUCCCUAACAUUGUCUAGGGCUGAGUCCAGCAGCAUUUGGGGGGGGGAUUGCAGAUCUCCCACCCCAUGUUUCUGUGUCUUUUGGGACAUUUCGAUGCUAGUACGUUGAUCUUCUCCUUUUCCUUUCCCUUCCUUCGUUCCAGGAGCAUCGGCGUCAUCACCUAUAUCCUCUUAAGCGGCGCCUCUCCGUUCUUGGGCGAAACGAAGCAGGAAACUUUGACCAACAUUUCUGCUGUCAACUAUGACUUUGACGAGGAGUACUUUAGCAACACCAGCGAACUGGCAAAGGACUUCAUUCGGCGGCUGCUCGUCAAGGAUCCCAAGAAGCGGAUGACGAUCGACCAGAGCCUGGAGCACCCGUGGAUUAAGGUGAUCAAGCGCCGGAACGUCCGCAACGAGGACAACGGCAAGAAGCCCGAGCGCCGCCGCCUCAAGACGACCCGCCUGAAGGAGUACACCAUCAAGUCCCACUCCAGCAUGCCGCCCAACAACACCUACGUCAACUUUGAGCGCUUCUCCAAGGUGAUGGAGGAGGUGGCGGCAGCCGAGGAGGGCCUCCGCGAGCUUCAGCGGAGCAAGAAGUCCUUCCGCGAAGACAUCGAGGCCCUGCGCUCCAUCUACGAGGAGAAGGAGCUGUGGUACAAGGAGGAGAACGAGGCCGUGGGCCAGGACCUGCGGCAGAUCCGCCAGGAGAUGCAGAAGACGGAGGCCCUCAAGCGCCAGGCGCAGGAGGAGGCCCGGAGCGCCUCGCUGGCCGCCAACGGGCUGAAACGGCGCUACCGGAAGCUGGAGAACCGCUACGAGGCCCUGGCCAAGCAGCUGGCGUCCGAGAUGAAGUUCGUGCAAGAGCUGGUGCGCUCCAUCGAGCUGGAGAAGCUGCGGGGCGGCGAAGGGGACUGCGGCAUCCGCUAGCGCCCUCCCCUCCUGGGGCGGGGUGAGGAGACGGGAGCAGAUCCGUCUCGGCCGUGGGUUCGAGGGCUGCGCCCCCUCACCCAGCCUCCUGGCCCAGCGUCCCAACGACUCUUUGACCUAUGGCUCCUUAUUUAAUCACCGGUGUGGCGUGCUUCCUGGACUACGUAUCCCAUGAUGCAGCGCUCCUGCUGGGACCCAUGGCGGGCGACAUCCCUGAGUGCUCGGGACUUGUAGCCUGAAGCUGGAACUUUGUGCUUGUUAAAAAUAUCCUGUCUUGCCCCGGGGCUUUCCGUUCUGCCCUUUUUCGGCCUGAGGAUCCGCCGGCCUUCUUGAGGGUUUGAAGAGAGCGGGACGUCGGCAUUCUCUUCCCCCGAAUGAGGUUCCGACGGCAAACUUUGAAGCCCAAAAGUCUUGUUUCCGUUUGCUCGCUGGGCUUCUGAGUGCGGAGAGACUGCUGCCCAGAUUAUGGGACAUUAUGGUGCCCAGAUUAUGGGAGAUUGUGGUGCAGAUGUGAUGUGCGAGAGACGGUUUUUGCCUCGCUAAAUCAGCCAUUCCAGGGCAGAGCAUGACGCCCCAUUCACCCUGUGGGUCUUUUUUGCUAGAGGCCUCGUGGCAGGUUUUCUGGGACCAAGGCUGCAUUUAGAAACCACAUGGCUUGUGUUCCGGAUAUCGGAGGGAGCUUCACUUCACAAAUAUCAGGGUGUCUCUGGGUUGCGGGCAGCGAAAAGUAGGUUAUGAGACCUUCCUUCCCUAAAGGCCAGUGUUUGUAGUAACAAACAUCUGCCUAGGUAGAGAGAUCCAAACAUUUUAAAUCUUUUUCCAGGAUCUGAAUCUUUUAUCCUUUAUCGUUUUGAAGUAGCCUCGUGGUACAUUUUCUUUCCUAUUAUUAUUCUUUGUAUCAGAAGCCAUUUUUGCUUUUUUAAUAAUAAUAAUAAUAAUAAUAAUCGCAGGAUUCUUGGUUUGUGUUCAUGUUUAGGAGGAGGUGAUUAGGGUCACAACAGUUGCAGCUUCUCUUACCAGCCGAAGCUCUGGGAAUUUCAGAUAUAAACUGUGAAUCGAGGGGUGGUGGUGGUCAUUGUUAAGAAAUCACACGCUUAGGACUGAUGUGGCUACGUGCAGGGAUAUUUCCAGGUGACUUUUGGAUUGAACAUUUACGAUGAUUUGUGCAUGGGAUGCUGCCGGGGCUGUCACACACAAGUCCUGCUUUCCGCGCUGUUUCGUAACUGCAAAAGUUCGGGGGCGGCCACACCGCUUCACCCCCGCUGGGGCACAUUCUGUAACCUCCUGCUGAAACCCUGUAACGCUUCGUUCUGCAGAUGUUGUGCUUUAGCAAGCAUGUGGUGCAGCUUCAGGGAAGCAUCGCAGAGCCACCAAUAAAGCAGAAUCAAUCCAC